AGCCAGGGGGCAGAGUCCCCAGCCCCUGCUCUGCCAGCCACCUGGUGGCUCAGUUCCCACAGCUCUGGACCGGGUUGCUCCUUCUUCCUGGUCCUCUCGGCCUCCCGAGUCUCUGCUGAGCUCAACUCUGCACGCCUGCCUCCCCCGCCGCGGGAGACAGACCAGAGGCCGGCGGGACAAGCGGGUGGAGGCGCGGCAGGGAAGGCGGUGCGCGGGCGGAGACUGGAGCGGGGAAUACAAGGGGCGCCGCGGCCCCGCCUCCACUCCCACCCCUCCAUCCCCAGAACCCAGGGAACGCGGGAGCAUGAACCAAACCCCGCAGCGCUGGCAUGAUGACAUUCGCCCGCCUCGUGGUGGCUCUGAUUUUAGGGGCCCUCUCAGAAGUGGCCAGCUUUGAUCCGGUCCUCGGGUAUCCCCUCCACCGCCGCCACCGCCCUCGGUCCCCUCUGGAUCCCCAGGACACGUAUUUCCUUCCUGAUCAGCGGCAGCAACAGAGCACGCCUCCGCCACCCCUGGUCCCGCGCCCCCCGAGGGCGCUGCUGGCCCCGCGCCUACACGCCCUCCAAGCUGGGCACACGCCCCGGCCCCAUCCUGGGGGCUGCCCCGCCAGCCAGUCGUGGGUCAACGUGACGGACUUCGGCGCCCCAUGUCUGCGCUGGGCAGAGGUGCCACCUUUCCUGGAGCGGUCGCCCCCCGCGGGCUGGGUUCACCUGCGAGGACAGCGCCACAACUUUUGCCGGAGCCCAGAUGGCGCGGGCAGCCCCUGGUGUUUCUAUGGAAACGUCCACGGCAAAGUGGACUGGGGCUACUGCGACUGCAGAUACGGGUCAGUACGACUUCGUGGUGGCAGAAAUGAAUUUGAAGGCACAGUGGAAGUGUAUGCAGGUGGAGCUUGGGGCGCCGUGUGUAGCAGCCACUGGGAUGAUUCUGAUGCAUCAGUCAUUUGUCACCAGCUGCAACUAGGAGGUAAAGGAAUAGCAAAACAAACUUCCUUUUCUGUACUGGGCCUUAUUCCUAUUUAUUGGAGCAAUGUCCGUUGCCGUGGAGAUGAAGAAAAUAUACUUCUGUGUGAAAAAGACAUGUGGCAGGGUGGGCCGUGUCCUCACAAGAUGGCAGCUGCUGUCACGUGCAGCUCUUAUCAUGGUGCAGCGCUCCCCAUCAUUCGCCUGGCUGGUGGGAGCACUGUGCAUGAAGGUCGAGUAGAGCUCUACCAUGCUGGCCAGUGGGGAACAAUCUGUGAUGACCAAUGGGAUGAUGCAGAUGCUGAAGUGAUUUGCAGGCAGCUAGGCCUCAGUGGCAUCGCUAAAGCCUGGAAUCAGGCAUAUUUUGGGGAAGGAUCUGGCCCAAUAAUGUUAGAUGAAGUACGUUGCACUGGGAAUGAGCUUUCAAUUGAGCAAUGUCCAAAGAGUUCCUGGGGAGAACAUAACUGUGGCCAUAAAGAAGAUGCUGGAGUGUCCUGUACCCCUUUGACAGAUGGGGUCAUAAGACUUGCAGGCGGGAAAAGUAGCCAUGAGGGCCGUUUGGAAGUGUAUUACAGGGCACAGUGGGGGACUGUAUGUGAUGAUGGCUGGACUGAGCUGAAUACAUACGUGGUUUGCCGACAACUGGGAUUUAAGUAUGGCAAACAGGCUUCUGCAAACCAUUUUGAAGAAAGUGCAGGGCCCAUUUGGUUGGAUGAUGUCAGCUGCUCAGGAAAGGAAACCAGUUUCCUUCAGUGUUCUAGGAGACAGUGGGGAAGGCAUGACUGCAGCCACCGGGAAGAUGUGGCUGUCGCCUGCUACCCUGGGAGUGACGGACACAGACUGUCUCUGGGUUUUCCUAUCAGACUGGUGGAUGGAGAAAAUAAGAAAGAAGGACGAGUGGAAGUUUUUAUCAGUGGCCAGUGGGGAACAAUUUGUGAUGAUGGAUGGACUGAUAAGGAUGCAACUGUGAUCUGUCGACAGCUUGGCUAUAAGGGACCUGCCAGGGCCAGGACCAUGGCUUAUUUUGGGGAAGGAAAAGGACCCAUCCACGUGGAUAAUGUAAAGUGCACAGGAAGUGAGAGGUCACUUGCCGACUGUAUCAAACAAGAUAUUGGAAAACACAAUUGCCGCCACAGUGAAGAUGCCGGAGUUAUUUGUGAUUAUUUUGGCAAGAAAGCAUCAAGUAAUGGUGAUAAAAAGUCCCUUUCAUCUGUUUGUGGUUUAAGAUUACUGCAUCGCCGGCAGAAGAGGAUCAUUGGUGGGAAAAAUUCUUUAAGGGGUGGCUGGCCUUGGCAAGUUUCCCUCAGACUGAAGUCAUCACAUGGAGAUGGCCGGCUCCUUUGUGGGGCUACACUCUUAAGUAGCUGCUGGGUCCUCACAGCAGCUCACUGUUUCAAGAGGUAUGGGAACAACACCAGGAACUAUGCUGUUCGGGUCGGGGAUUAUCAUACUCUGGUACCAGAAGAGUUUGAAGAAGAAAUUGGAGUUCAGCAGAUUGUGAUUCACAAGGAGUACCAACCACACAGCAGUGACUAUGACAUUGCCCUGGUUCAAUUACAAGGAUCACAAGAGCAAUGUGUCAGAUUCAGUAGCCACGUUUUGCCAGCCUGUUUACCAUUCUGGAGAGAGAGGCCACAGAAAACAGCCUCCAAUUGUUACAUAACAGGAUGGGGAGACACAGGACGAGCCUAUUCAAGAACACUACAGCAAGCAGCCGUCCCCUUACUUCCCAAGAGAUUUUGUGAAGAACGAUAUAAAGGCCAGUUCACAGGAAGAAUGCUGUGUGCUGGAAACCUCCAUGAACACCAACGUGUGGACAGCUGCCAAGGAGACAGCGGAGGACCACUCGUGUGUGAAAGGUCUGGGGGGAGCUGGGUGGUAUAUGGGGUGACCUCCUGGGGGUAUGGCUGUGGAGUCAAGGAUUCUCCUGGAGUUUACACCAGAGUCUCAUCCUUUGUCCCUUGGAUAAAAAGUGUCACCAAACUUUAAGCUGUGGAAAACCUCAACAGGACAUAGUGCAUAGACUGAUGUGGAACUUCUAGUCUCCAAUACUUAUGUGCCAAGUUGACAACUACUGGGGACUGAAAUUGUUUCUGCUUUCUGCUAUUGAUGAAACUGGUACACCUUUUGUGGCUUCAGAAUUUGUGAAGUUUUUGAUCAUGCAUACUUCAGUGUAACACUGAUUAUCCAUUAGCAUUGUUUCUUAACCAAAUUCCACCUGAGACUAAAUUCUUAAUUUUCAUCUAAGCCUUCUUAAACAGUUCCUAGACUGUGUAAAAUCUAGGAUUUAACAUGAGAUGCCAGUUAGAUUUACAACCCAUCAAAAAUACCUACUCUGAUCACUUUGAUGAACCAUUUGACUUCCAGUAAUUACUAACUUCCCCAAGUGUCAUGUAGUUAUGGUGCAAUGGCACCACCUAGUGUAACUUUUUGGUAAUUUACCUAUGUAGGAAGUUUCCCAAGACUAACCCCACAGAAAUCCUGUUAACUAGUAUAAAUGCACAAACCAGUAAUAAAACUUGGCAGGCACAUUAAGUUGCUGUGUAACUCAGAAAUUACAAAAUGCUAAGCCUAAAGCCCUGGCUUUCUUACAGUUAACAGGCCGAGUUGCAGGGCAUACCACUGGGGAAUAGUUGUCCUAGUGUUCAUGGUGUAGGUUUUCCCCUCCAUGGUUAAGCCACCUAGCUUUCUAUUUGAAUAGCUGCCUGGGAAACAGGACAUUCUUUUUUUUUUUUUUUUUUUUUUUUUUUUUUACAGGCAGAGUGGACAGUGAGAGAGAGAGACAGAGAGAAAGGUCUUCCUUUUUGCCGUUGGUUCACCCUCCAAUGGCCGCCGCUGCAGCCGGCGCACCGCGCUGAUCCUGGCAGGAGCCAGGAGCCAGGUGCUUUUCCUGGUCUCCCAUGGGGUGCAGGGCCCAAGCACCUGGGCCAUCCUCCACUGCACUCCCUGGCCACAGCAGAGAGCUGGCCUGGAAGAGGGGCAACCGGGACAGAAUCCGGCGCCCCAACCGGGACUCGAACCCGGUGUGCCGGCGCCGCAAGGUGGAGGAUUAGCCUAUUGAGCCACGGCGCCGGCUCAGGACAUUCUUAUAUAAUGCCAAUGGGUAAAUUAUUGCUGUUAAGAGAUCCUUCCCCAAACACCCAAGUAGCUUAAUAAGAGGUUAAUAUACAAAGCAGUGCAGUUGUAAAUAACCCCCUUAAAUGGCUGGACACCAUUAAGGUUUCCAUUUUCUUAAUCGAAUCCUGUCCUUCCGUUUUUGUAAUAAGUACCACACAAACCUGUGGGUACUACUUUAUAGACUUAAGAUGCUGUGUGCAGGAGUAACAUUUUUUUAAGAACCAUGAUUUUGAUGAAAGAAACUUUUUAAUCAAACAGCAUUUACAUUCAAAUAUGGUAAAGCUACAUUUGUGUACAAUGCACUUAUAUCAAGGGCUUGGGGAAUGUGCAAUAUAGGUGAAACCAUUACUUUCACCUUAAGUUUCUGUCUGCCCUUCUAACUAGUCAUGGUGUGACAUACACUUCUGUGGAAAUUCUAAAUAGAUCAGGGAUUUGCACACCAAAAAAAGGGCAGCAAACAAGCAACCUGCAAUUCACUCAAUCCUGAGCUAUCACAACGUUCAUAAAACAUGCCUUUAUUAUAACCAUGUUGGUCUCAAGUAUGACUUGGAUCUUUAAGUCCAAGUUUUCAGUGCAUAUUUGUGUAAUAAAGUAUUACUUUCUACCUUG